GCAGUCGUACGCAAUCCUAAAGAGACUCAAUGGAAAUUUCCAGGCUAUUGUCGAAUUUCUUCUGUUCGCAGACAGACCUCCAGUUACCAACGAAUUGAUACCGAUUCAUCUUGGCCUAAUUUAGAACUCUCCGUUGAUUCUUUUUUUUGACUGAACAAGUUGACAAGUUUGCAUCUUUACUUCAAAGUCAUGUCUCAGCAGCAGAUAAGCCUCCCAGCCAAACUCAUCAACGGUGGCAUUGCUGGCAUUGUCGGCGUCACUUGCGUCUUCCCCAUCGACUUGGCAAAGACAAGGUUACAGAACCAGAGACAAGGGCAGCAAGCCUACAAGAGCAUGAUGGACUGCCUUGUGAAAACAGUACGAUCAGAGGGCUACUUUGGCAUGUACAGAGGUGCCGCCGUCAAUUUGACUCUGGUGACGCCCGAGAAGGCCAUUAAGUUGGCCGCCAAUGACUUCUUCCGCCAGCACUUUGCUAAAAAUGGUCAGGGACUGACUGUGUUCAAAGAGAUGCUGGCUGGCUGCGGCGCGGGCAUGUGUCAAGUCAUUGUCACCACGCCCAUGGAAAUGCUCAAGAUACAGCUGCAGGACGCGGGCAGACUCGUUGCCCAGCAACAGAAGCCAGUCAUGUUGUCUCCCUCCAAGCUGGUGGCCACCAACACGCUGCUUAGCCGCUCUUACAACUCGGGAACUGUGAGCGCCAUGGCGACGCCGCGAGCCGUAUCGGCCACGCAGAUCGCCAGGGAGCUUUUCCGCACGCAGGGCAUCCAAGGGCUCUACAAAGGCCUUGGGGCCACGCUCAUGAGGGAUGUCCCCUUCUCAGUGGUGUAUUUCCCGUUGUUUGCCAACCUGAACAGACUGGGCCAGCCCAGCGCUGAGCAGGCAUCGCCCUUUUACUGGGCUUUUUUCUCGGGAUGUCUGGCAGGCUCCAUUGCUGCGGUGGCAGUCAACCCCUGUGACGUGGUAAAGACCAGACUGCAGUCACUAAAUAAAGGCUCGGCUGAGGAGGCUUACAGUGGAGUAGUCGACUGUGUCAGUAAAAUCCUGCACAAGGAGGGACCGUCCGCCUUCCUGAAAGGCGCCGGCUGCCGGGCCCUGGUCAUUGCCCCGCUGUUUGGCAUUGCCCAGGUCAUGUACUUUGUGGGCGUGGGCGAGUACAUCCUGGACAGCUCCCCUCUCAGUGUCCUUUCACCGUGAGAGGUUGCCGCCACGCGCUCAGGGGGACCACUCGAAGCCAAGAAGGAUGGCCAGAACUGGCAGCUACGUUCCGUUUACAUCCAUGCUCGGAGGGAGGAGGAAGAAGAGUUGUGGAGCACUUGAAACACUUUUCGUGGCUUAAAUCACACUCGGCCUUGUCCCGCGUUUGCACUUUGACAGACCAUCAUCGUCCUUACGAAGCGCCAGAUUGGCCAUGUUACUCCUUUUUUUGGGUCCGUUAGCUCCUUUUUUUUUUCUCUCUCUACAUCGGUGAUGGUGUGAGGAGCUCAGAAAGGCACAGCUAUUUUAUUUUCAAUGUUUUUCAGUUUCUGUAUGUUACACAGUUACUGUUGCUGUGAGUCAAGGUCUUUCCGAUCUUCCUAGACAUGAAUUUGUAACCAGUUUGUCACCACCACUUGACUGUGAAUCUCCAUGCACAUUGUGUGUCAGUUAAUAUUUGUUUUGUUCACAGUCUGUUCAUUUCAAUAUGCGUUUACAUGAAAUUGCAUCCAUUCAUUUACUUACGAAUUGACAUGAAUUUCCAUCCUGCAGCUAUGCCUUUGAGUGAAAAAAAAAUUACUCUGUACAAGCAACUUUUUUGUACUGUGUAUGACUGUACACACUCGACACAUUAAACAAUGCAAUUUACUCUCUUUGUUGUUUCAUUUAUUCCAACGAUAGCACACAAGUACGAUGCAUUACAUUCACAAUUGUAGUACUUCAUAAACUUUUAAAAAGGU